AUGACGCUAGAAUCAUUUAGUACAUGGUUGGGAGCAAGAGGAAGGUGCUAUUGGAGUGCAUUACCCCCACAAAAUGCUCGAAGAAAAGAGAAUCGGAACAACCGAAAUCGCCCCAGGAGAUCUCUAUUUGGCCAGCAGGUUGCCAAGUGCUCGAAAUGUGAUGACAAACACAGGACGGAGAACUGUACUAAGUUUAAAGAGCUGUCAGCAGACAACCGUCUCAACCUUGUGAAAGAGAAGCGCCUUUGUUUUGGUUGCUUAGAAGAAUCUCACAUUUCUCGAAAUUGCCCAAAGAAAAAGGAAUGCGGCAUAGGGAACUGCAAAAAGAAACAUCACCCGUUAUUACAUCAAGAAGAAAAUGUACAUGCAACCACCACGAAGACACCACAGUCCGGUGUAGCCUUUGGAGUUGUGGAAGUUUCCGUUGUUGGUGCUGGUGGAACUCAGGUGAAAGGAAACCUUUUGUUCGACGAUGGUUCAGACACAACGCUGGUAUCAGAAUCUUUCAUGAGGAAGCUGGGAUUGCGGGGAAAGAAGACCACGCUCAACAUUUCAGGUGUUGGAGGCAAAGAAAGCAAGAGAACAUCUUCUCAAGUCACUCUCCGUGUUAAGACACCAGAGGGUGAUGCUGAAUAUUUUAAUCUCACAGCCUGGAGCCUUCCCAAGAUCUGUCAGCCAGUUGGAACAGUUCCAUGGCCUGAUAUUAAAGGAAAGUGGACGCAUCUGGAGAACAUCAACCUAAAAGCCAUUGGCGGUGAAAUUGAUAUCCUGCUUGGCCUGGAUCAUGCUGAUUUGUUGAUACCUUUGGAUGUAAAGAUGGGGAAACCACGAGAACCCGUAGCAAAAAAGACAAGUUUCGGCUGGAUGGCAGUUGGACUGGUCAGUGAGUCUCAUGGUAACAUCCACAACUAUCAUAUUGCUCGGGCUGGGCCAGAAUCACUAGAUGUUGCCUUUAAGCGGUUCUGGGACAGUGAGUCGUUCGGAACCGGGACAACUAAUGCACCACACUACUCCAAGGAUGAACAGCGGGCCUUGGAUAUAUUGGAACGCGAGACCAAGAAGUUGGAGAACGGUUAUGAGGUCCCAUUGUUAUGGAAAGAAAACGAGCCACAGCUUCAAAACAAUCGAGAAGUCGCGCAAAAGAGACUGGAAGGCUUGCAACGGCGAUUUGAGCGAGACCCACAGUAUGAGAAGGACUAUCGUAAAGCAGUAAGCAAGUAUGUAGAAGACGGAUAUGCGCACAAAGUGGACAAAGAAGACAAUCUUGGUGGACCGAACCAGUGGUAUCUCCCCCAUCACGGAGUGUAUAAGAAAUCAUCCGCCGAGAGAAAGCUACGAGUAGUAUUUGAUGCCUCAGCUAAGUACAAAGGUAAAUGUUUGAACGAUGCUCUGCUACCAGGCCCAGUUUUACAGAACGAACUUCCGCAGGUUCUCACAAAGUUUCGAGAAGGUGAUGUUGCGUUCGGAGCUGACAUUGAGGCAAUGUUUAGCCGAGUAAGAUUGCAGAAACAAGACGCAAGAUACCAUCGCUUUCUGUGGAAGGAGGAAAACAGUGAUGUUGUGGACACUUAUCAGAUGGACAGAUUAGCAUUUGGGGACACUUCGUCGCCAUGUGAAGCAAUUUACGUCACUCGCCGAGCUGCUAAAGAUUUUGGCCAGGGACAAGAAGAUGCUGUAAAAGCUAUCAACGAGAACUUGUAUGUGGAUGAUUAUCUUGACUCUGCAGAGACAACGGAACGAGCAAUAGAGAGAGGACAGCAAGUAAAGGAAAUCUUAGCGAAGGGUGAUUUACAUUUAAGGAAGUGGACUUCCAACGUCCCGGAGUAG